UGUAGCUAGGGUUUUUUGUGACGAUGGAGUCGCCCGCGACUGUGGAGGCGAUCUUCGAGGAUUUCCGGGGCAGGCGCGCGGGGAUCGUCAAGGCGCUCACAACGGAUGUCUCGAUCUUUUGCGACGAAUGCGAUCCAGUCAAGGACCUGUGCCUGUAUGGCCUACCCGAUGGAGAGUGGAAAGUGACCCUGCCAGUGGAAGAAGUCCCGCCCGAGCUCCCGGAGCCUUCGCUGGGAAUUAAUUUCGCGAAGGAUGGAAUGAAGAGAACGGACUGGCUGAUUUUGGUUGCGGUACACAGCGACUCGUGGCUCUACUCGGUCGCGUUCUAUCACGCUGCGCGGUUGCACAAAGCGGACAGGCAGCGGCUUUUCGGAAUGAUAAACAAUCUCCCCACUAUUCACGAGGUCCUCGCCAAGCCCGCGAAUAAAUCCAGCAGCAAAACCAAGAGCAAAAAGGCUGCUCGCGGCAGCAGCAACAACAGCAACAGGCGGAGAAAGAAAGAGGAGGACGAGGACGAGGAAGAGGAGGAGCAAGACGAAGAAGAGGUGGAAGAGAACUCUGAGGAGGAGGAAGAGGAGGCGUUUUGUGGGAUUUGUGCUGAUCCUCACAACACGUCCCAGUUUUGGAUCGCGUGCGACUCGUGCCGGAAGUGGUACCACGGUAGCUGCGUAAAGGUGAAUGCAAGCAAGGCUGCCGGGAUCAAGAGCUACAAUUGCCCAUCCUGUGCCAAGAAAAGAGCUCGCCACUGAUUGAUCCAUUGAGCCGUGGAGGAGAAAAAUCUCCACUUGUGUUCACUCUUGGAUGGUGAGUGAGUGCUCUCUUUCUCCUCUUUGUUCUUGUAUGUACACUCUCUGUCUCUCUUUUUCUUUUUCUUUUCCUGGGCUUUGUCCAGCCAGUUUUGUAACAGCUUCCCAGUUUUCCCCAAGGUAAAAGAUAGAGAAGGAAAUAACAUCUUAAUCUAUCA